GAAGCCUGAGGAGAUCCCGAGAUGGAUCCGGGGGAAGGUGGCGGCGGCGGCAGCGAUGGAGGAGGAGGAGGCGGGAACCGCGGCGGCGGGAAGAUCCGGACCCGGCGGUGCCGCCUGGAGGGGGCCUCUUCGAAGCCUUAUCCCCGGAACAAGCAGGGAAUUAUUAACAUUGUGAAAGAAUCUGUGAAGAACAUUGUCCCAACUUGGCUUCAGCAAUACUUCAGACAGAGUGAAGAGGUAUCCACAAAUGAACAAAGGAGUCAGGAGGAGAAUAUGAACUGUCAUCCUGCCUUUGCUGCCGACGUCAUUGACAAUACCCUGGAAAUCGAUGGCCGAAUCACUCCUGAACCAACAAGAAUUGAUUUAGAAGGGCCCUCAACAAGUAGGUCUGGUUUAAACUUCACAGAUACUUUAACAAGACCAUCUCUCCAUCGGAGUCAUCUUAACUGCACCAUCUUAGAUUCCCCGCCACCACUUUGUCAACCCUCCACGUCAUCUACAUUUCCAAUUAGUAAUUCUGGACUUUCACUUGGAAAGGAAAUGAAAGAUUCUACCUCUCAGCAUGAUGAUGACAACAUCUCAACUACUAGUGGCUUCUCUUCAAGAGCAUCUGAUAAAGAUAUAUCUGUUUCAAAAAGUGCUUCUGUACCGCCAGUCUGGUCUGCAGAGGCUGAGAGACCCAUCACUCAGCACACCACAGCCGCCAGCUUGAAAAAGCCCGGGUUCAAUCUCUCUGCCUUUGGAGCCCUCUCCCCUUCACUUGGUAAUAUGUCGGUUCUUAAGACAAGCCAGCUUGGGAAUUCUCCAUUUUAUCCUGGAAAAACCAUGUACGGAGGUGCAGCUGCAGCAGCAAGGCAAUCCAAAGCACGGAUUACUCCUUAUCAGACACCAAUAAGAAGGCAAAUGAAAGCCAAGCAAGUGAAUGCGCAGUCCUAUGGAGUGACAAGUUCCACUGCACGGCGUAUCCUGCAAUCUCUGGAGAAGAUGUCAAGCCCACUAGCAGAUGCUAAAAGAAUUCCUUCUUCUGUUUCUACAUCAUUGUCUUCUCCUGCAGAAAGAAGUAUCCUGAAUGUCACUGAUUUUCAUUCACCUAGAAAAAGGGCUGAAUCCCAGUAUCCUCCAGUCCAGAAGCUUGUGACACCCAAAGCUGUUUCACUGUCAAUGAGUCGUUCACAAUAUUUUAAACCAUCUCUAACAUCUGCCACUGAAUCAGGCAGGAUUCGACCAAGAAUAGAGAUGAACCAUGACGGAGUGAGGGAGAAAAAUCCAGCAGAACAACAAAGAGAACUAUCAGAAAGGAAUGUCUCAACCCCUAAAUUCAGAACUUCUGCAUCCAAUGGAUUACCUCCAGCUUCAGGAAGCGGAAGUGGCAAGAUGAGGCGGGAAAGAGGUGUCCACUAUGUAUCAAAAUCUGCACGAGAGGAGGAGGAGAUGGAGGUGCCAGAACUACCAGAAAUAGUUUUACCCAUCAGCAUGUCCUCAUUGCCAAACUUCAACUUUGGCCCUCUUUCCAGCACUGCUGCUUCAUCUUCACCUGUCAGUUCUGCACAAUCAAUACCUAAAAAGGUGCAAUCAGCCAGUAAUGCUAGCAGUCCUGUGUUCAGAUUUUCAUCUCCAAUUGUAAAAUCCACUGAAGCAGAAGUGCUGCCACCCGUGUCUAUUGGUGGCUUUAAAUUUAGUGUCCCUGUGGCAAAAUCAUCUGAGCCUUCAGGACCCAAGGAUACUCCAGUUAUGCCUCUAAUUAAUGCAGCCGUCAAUAACAUCAGCAAUAAGAGAGAGCACGAUGAGUAUGAUGGUCCAUUUAAGCCUGCAAAAGUCCUGAAAGAAGGGAGCGUGCUGGAUAUUUUAAAGAGUCCUGGCUUUGCCUCUCCGACCACUUACUCCUCAUCAGCUACUCCACCUGUCACAACAAGCACAGUAGUUUAUACAAGGCCGGCCAUAAGUAGCUUCUCGGCAGCUGCUUCGGGACUUGGAGAUACUUCAAAACAAACAUCAGCAUAUUGGCAGUGCGAGGCAUGUCUGGUGGAAAACAAGGCGACGGACAGUAAAUGUAUAGCCUGUCAGACAGCAAAAGUGUCAGCCGCAGACGGUACUAAACACUCUGGUACUUUGACUACAACUAUCGCCACCAAAUCCGCUGUUUCUACAACAGGGACACAGGGCUUUGGAGACAAGUUCAAGACAGCAGCUGGAACUUGGGACUGUGACACUUGUUUGGUUCAGAACAAACCGGAAGCUACAAAAUGCGUGGCCUGUGAAACACCAAAACCUGGAACAGGAGUAAAACCAGCUCUCGUCUUGCCUGUGGCCACGGAAAAUACGACGACGGUGUCUUCCUCUUCUAGCUACUCUGAUACAGCAGUCACUUUGGGAUUUGGGGACAAAUUCAAGAAGCCAAAAGGCGCUUGGGAGUGUUCUGUGUGCUUAGUGUCAAAUAAGGCAGAGGACAGCAAAUGUGUAGCCUGUCAGUCUGACAAACCAGGAGAGUCGGUUCCUGUGGUGAGUAGCAGUGCUUCCUGCUUGCCCAGUCUUUCCGGUGGCUUUCUGGGCUUAGACAAAUUCAAGAAGCCAGAAGGGAGUUGGGACUGUGAGACCUGCUUCGUACAGAACAAAGCGGAUGCCACCAAAUGUGUGGCUUGUGAGAGCGCAAAGCCGGGCGGCAAGGUGGAACUGAAAGGUCCUAGUACUGCUACUUCCGCUGCUGCUUCCUCAGCCCCAUCUGCUCCUUCGUUUAAGUUUGGUAUUCAGUCAUCCUCUUCAGAAUCGCCUCAGACACUGGGAAGCACAGGGAAAGACUUCAAGUUUGGAGAGCAAACGGGAUUUAAAUUUGGUCUUGCGUCAGAUCCGGGAAGCUCCAUGACGGGAGGAUUUAAGAUCUCUAAAACUGAGGGCUCCACGCUGGGAAGUUUUCCAGGGGAGUCUAAAUCAGAGGACAGCUCGAAAGAGAGCAAGAGCAGCAGCGGCUUCAGCUUCGGACUUCCCUCUGGUGCUGCCAGUACAUCCAGCACAGGGUUUCAGUUUGGAAUAGCUAGCCUCGGGCAGCAAGAGAAGAAAGAAGGACUUAACAAGCCUGCUCUUGGAGGUUUCAGUUUUGGCACAGCUUCGGUAUCUUCAUCGGAGAAUAAAACUGGAAUAAGCGGCUUCAAGUUUGGGAAUGCAGAGGAAAAGGAAGGAGCGGCGAUUUCCUUUUCCUUUAAGAACCUAGAAGGGAAGAAAGACGAGGUUCCCUCGGCAAAAGGUGGGUUCGCUUUUGGCAGCGUGGAAUCAGCGGCUGCCCCGCAGCUCGUUUUGGGAAGGACAGAUGACAAACAGGAGACUGCGGCGGCCCCUUCAAAUCCAUUAGUGUUCGGGAAGAAAGCGGAGAGUGAAGAGGCAAAGGCCCAGCCCAUCUUUGCCUUUGGGAAGGCGGAACAAACCAAAGACGACAGCACAGCCAAGCCUGCUUUUAGUUUCAACCUGGCAAAACCAGCAGAGAAAGAAGCGGAACAACCAACAAAGACAGCUUUUACAUUUGGUGCACAAGCCAACCCUGCAGAUCCAGGAUCAGCAAAGCCUGCAUUCAGUUUCUUGAACCCUAAUCCUUCCAACUCUGCUGUGCCAAGUGUUUCUGCCAGCAGCAGCGGAGUAUUCAGCAGCACGACAUCUGCCUCCAAUCCUCCUCCACCAGUCCUCCUUUUGUUCGGACAGGCCAGCAACACUGCGAGCAGCUCUGCUUUCGGGAAUCCCACUGACUCCGGUACAUCGCAGACUUUCGGGUUCUCUCAGGAGAGCAAGCCGCCAGCGACCACCUCCAGCACAAACACCCCCGUUCCGUUUCUCUUCGGGAGGGCAGCUGCCCCUAACAGUACUGCGAACUCUGGCUUCAGUUUCGCUGCUGCUGCCGCUGCCACCACCUCCAACACCACAGCUACUUCCACAGGUCCCUCCUCUUCAUUUGUGUUUGGUUCUGGGUCUUCAGCGUCUGCCACUGGUCCAGCAUUUGUUGCUGGUCAGACACCAACAUUUGGUCAAAGCCAAGGCUCCAGCCAGCCCCCUGCUCCAACUUUUGGGUCACUCUCAUCAUCAACACCAUCGUCGUUAUUUUCCGCUGGCACUCAGUCUGGGCCACCGGCUUUCGGGUCUGUGUCAAGUACUACCCAGCCCCCAGUCUUUGGACAGCAAGCUGCACAACAACCUGGUUUUGGCUCUGGCACCGCUCCUAGUUCUGGUCCAGUGUUCCAGUUUGGAAAUAGUUCUGCUAAUUUCAACUUUGCAGGGAGUAGCCCAGGAGUAUUUACCUUUGGUGCACCUUCUGGGGCACCAGCACAGCCUGCAGGCUCUUCGGGAUUUUCAUUUACUCAGCCGCCAGCAUUUAACAUGGGGAAUAACGGGAAAAAUAUUUUCUCGGCACCUGGAUCUUCGCUAUCUACUCGGAAGAUUAAGACCGCUGUUAGACGUAGAAAAUAAAUAUUAACAGUUGUUACAGACAGCAACUCAGUUACCGCAGCUGGUUGCCCUGCAUUGUUCAAUUUAACAAAUUGUACCUCGUGCUGGGUUUAGCUGAAGCCAUGUCUGCCUAAACUCUGCUCGCUUUUUUUUUUUUUUUUGCCCUCUCCAUUUAGGUUUAAAAAAAAAAAAAGUAAAAUUGGUGGCAGGGAGGACCUCGAGCAAAACUACUUAGAAUCCGGCAGUUUCUCUUCAUUGACUUGGCAUGGUUUUGGCUAUAGAUGUAAAUAUAGCCUGCACAGCGAAUGGCUUCGUAUAAUACCUCUGUUUGCACCACUUCGUACGCUCAUUUGCGUUUACUGACACCUCGAGAAAUUGUAAUUAUAUUGGCGAGGGGAAGUCUGUAUACAGUAGAGAAUGUGGAUAAAAUGAAUGAUUUCUAUGCGGAGUUUCUGCUGGUGUACGUGUGAAGUGAGCGAGUGGCGUGUAUCGUGCACUAAAAUUUUCUGAUAGAGGAAGAGUGAUUUAAAGGAUGAUCCCUGCUAAGGACUAGUUAGAUCUGUAGUACUUCAUUAAAUGAUUAGAAGCUCUUUCUGUUUCCAUCCUUACAGCUCCUUAUCACCUGUCUUGCCUUUUUUUCAUUAUUUUAUUAUGAGACAAAACAUGUAAAUACAAUUCCGUUUCUCUGUGUACUACUUUGGCAUAACAAAUCUGUGAACUUGAAAUUUUAAUUUUUGUGUGUUACCGCAAAAAAAAUUUUUUUUGUUUAGUAUUGUCUCAGAUUUUAUUAUGUAAAUCUCAUUAUUCAAAGUUGCCUAAAUCCAUUAAAGACCUUUAAAAUUGGGAAUUCUUAAAGUGAGUUUAUUGGCUUUUCUGAUCCAUUUUUGUUUGGACCAAAAACCAGUAUUGUACAAAGUGUUAAGUAUAUAUUUUUAUAUUUACAGAAAUGGACUCUGGUGACUUUGGAUAAUAAGGAAAAGUUUAAUAUUAAAGCCAUGUUUAUUACAGUAUAAUUAACAUGUUAAACCAUGGGAUAAAUGCCAUCAAUAAAAAUUAUGAAAAGUC